AUGGAUUCUAAAUUUUGCCCGCAUACAAUAGAACCUGCUUCCGAAACUUCUGAAAAUGAUAAUUCUGGAUCGGAUGUAAAGUGUUACAGUAAAACAGAUAAUCAUUACAUUCUUCAAUUAUUCUGCUAUUGCGAUAAAUAUUCUGAUGAAGAAUUAAGCAUUCGGACUUUGAGUUUGAGAGAACAUUACACUGAUAGCGCGGAUAGUCGCGUUGUCACGGGGAUUAGAUUUUCUGUCAAAGAUAAUAUAAUUUCGAUAGACAUUCAGGAGGGCAAGUUGGUUAACAGUACUGUGGAUCGCAAUACUGUUCGAUGGGUCCCCGGUAAUGGUUACCCUCCGUCAAAAGGACCUGAUAAGAUAAAACUCAGUUUUUAUGUAAAAUCAUUCAAUCUAGAUGACAUUGAACUACCAGACGGCUAUUUUGUCACAGGUGUUAAAUUUGAAUUGCUCGAUGACAAUCACAUAACGUUGGUAGUAAGAGGAACAAAAAUAUGGGAAGAGUGUCAAUAUUGGCAGUCAUCAAAUCAUCACUGGUUCUAUCCCAUCUCUGCACCCCGCGAUCUCAGAGAAAAAAUAGACAUCAAGGAUUAUAAGAACUCAGCUGAGGUUCCUGUUCAAAAUAUAGAAAUGAGUAAUUCUGGAUGGAACUACAUCGAUUUAUCUGUCGGUCUACUAUCGCAGAAAUAUAAUAACUUGCCAGUAAUUCCAUUUUUCGACUCACAAAGUGUCCAGUCCACCCCGCCGUCUCCACUCGGAGGGGUGGGAUUGUUUCACAAAGGACAACUUGGAUACGGCGGUUUCAUUGCAUUUCGAUUGAUUUCAUCUCCAUAUACGUUCAAUAUCUUUUCGGAAAUGGUCAACUACAACAGUUUCUAAAGUAACUUUUUGUCGUCGAUAUUUUAAUUACAUCAUUAAAAACACUCUUAUGCUUCUCAAGUUUAUAUUUACUGAUCAUUACUUUAUGUCAUUAAAAAUUACAGCACCAGUUGUGGUUUAUUUCCUUACACUUAAAUUUUAUACAUAAU